AACGGAAGUGAAUCUGGUUUACUUUUGCAGGGCUGAGCACAGAUGAUCUCACUAUGUAGCAUUCUUAUUAAUGAAAAGAUUUAUCGUCUGUACUGCGUGUGCGCAUGGAUAAAAAGAAGACACGAGGACAUUUCUUUGGAUAGGACGUCUAAAGGUACUGCCACUUUACGUACCUGGGAGCAGAGAGAAUGAUCAGGAGGAGAUGGAAAAGACGACUGCUCUCCACUUAUCACUAGUCACUGCUUUAAUGCUCUCAGAGAGAGACUGAGAGGAGCUGACAGUGAUCCUCCAGCAUACUGGCAAGACGUUGGGACAAAGAGAAAACAUCCAAAGCUCUUUAUAAAAUAGAGAAAAUGGCUUUCUUGGACAAUCCAGCCAUUAUUCUGGCCCACAUCAGACAGUCUCAUGUGACCAGUGAUGAUACAGGAAUGUGUGAGAUGGUACUAAUAGACCAGGAUGUGGAUCUGGAGAAGUGUCAGCUGGCUCUGGUGCCUGGCAGCAGCUGUGGGUCCACAGGGUCAGGUUCCCUGAGUGAGGAGGGCAACAGCGUGACGGACAAUCAUGCCUGUGACCUCUCCCAGUCCAUGGACAUCACCUCCAGCUGGGACUUUGGCAUUCGUCGGCGUUCCAAUACAGGACUCCAACAAGACAGCCAUGAGAAACCUGUGGCUGCUGCCCAGAGACUUGAAAGGUUGAGGAAAGAACGGCAGAACCAAAUCAAAUGUAAAAACAUUCAGUGGAAAGAGAGGACAUCCUCCCAAUCAGUGGAGGAUCUCGGGUCUCUGUUUGAAAAACGUGACUUUAAAGAAAGGCCACGGACAACGGGUACCAAAUCUACCCUUUCACUGAGGCUGGAGCAGUGUCCCCAGCAGCUCAACAACCCUUUCAAUGAAUACUCCAAAUUUGAUGGCAAGGGUCACAUUGGCACAACGGCUACAAAAAAGAUCGACGUCUACCUCUCAAUGCAGGUGGCUCAGGAAAAACUCCAUCCGAUGACAGUGGUGACCAUUGCCAAUGCCCGCGUCCAUGACCUCAUCGGUCUCAUCUGUUGGCAGUAUACAAGUGAGGGACGAGAACCCAAACUCAAUGAGAAUGUGAACGCCUACUGCCUCCACAUCGCAGAGGAUGACGGCGAGGUGGAUACAGACUUUCCUCCUCUCGACUCCAAUGAGCCAAUCCACAAGUUUGGUUUCAGCACUCUGGCCUUGGUGGAGAAAUACUCCUCACCUGGCCUUGCUUCCAGACAGUCACUGUUUGUCAGAAUAAAUGCUGCUCAUGGUUUCUCUUUGAUCCCUGUGGACAGUCUGAAGGUAUCCAUGAAGGAAAUUCUCCAGAAAGCACUUAAGAAGAGGAAAGGCUCACAGAAAGGUUCAGGGCCCCUGUACCGUCUGGAGAAGCAGACGGAGCCAAACGUCGCAGUAGACCUGGAUUCGACACUGGAGAGCCAGAGCACCCUGGAGUUUUGCCUGGUCAGAGAAAACAGCUCCAGGGGUGAGGAGAGUUCAGAGGAAGACCCUCCUAUUGACAUCACCACAGUCCAAGACAUGUUGAGCAGUCACCACUACAAGUCCUUCAAGAUCAGUAUGAUCCACAAGCUGCGCUUCACCACAGAUGUCCAGCUAGGCAUUUCAGGAGAGAAGGUGGAGAUCGAUCCUGUCACCAAUCAAAAAGCCAGUACUAAGUUCUGGAUUCGGCAGAAACCCAUCUCUAUCGACUCAGACCACCUCUGUGCCUGUGACCUAGUAGAGGAAAGAAGCCCCAGCCAUGCAAUAUUUAAGCUCACUUAUCUCAGCAACCAUGAUUAUAAGCCCCUGUACUUUGAGUCUGACGCUGCUACUGUCAAUGAAAUAGUGCUGAAGGUGAACUAUAUCCUGGAGUCGCGGGCCAGCACCUCUCGGGCUGAUUACUUUGCUCAGAAGCAGCGGAAACUGAGCCGCCGAACCAGCUUCAGUUUCCAGAAGGAGAAGAAGACAGGCCAGUAGAUGGACUGAAACGGCUCAUCCACCUGUCUGUCCAUAUCUGCACAGACAGAUACAUAAACAAGGCCUGACAGUCUGAUACACAGACAGCAUCAGGCUGAACAGGGGUGGAGACUGACAGUACAGUCAAGUCUGAGGAGAUGAGAGCAGGAGAGCAAUGGGCAGAAACCAGACCAGGAAGACAUGUCUUUGCUUCAGUUUCUGAAACUCCACCAAGUGUGUGUGCACGGGCAAAAACAGAUUCAUUAUUCUAUUUCUAAGAAGAUGACUUGUGGGACAGAGUUUUGGCUGUUACCAUCAGUCUUUUGUUUAUUCACUGCCUCUGAAUUGAAUCUCCAUCCUCCAGGAUGGAUUUGUACAGCUUCAGCGCGUUGGUCUGUACACCCAACUAGACAGAGCUACAAGGUACAUCUUUCUUCUGUCCUCCAGCUUUAACAGAUUUAACAUAACAUAAAAAGCUUCAUAUUUUAAUGUAUUGUACAGAGAAAUUUUACAUUCAGGAAAUGAAAUAAUAAUGAUGAAUCCCGGACUGAAUUUCCAAAAAAAAAGUCCAGAUGGAAUCCCUUACAUUAUCCACACUAAGUUGUCAGUUUAUUAGGUACACAUAUGUAAAGCUAACACAGUCUUAUACACCACCUAGUACCUUUAUGAAGGUUAGAAUAUUCAGUUCUUUGUUUUAGAGAGGGGUUGAUUCAGCUGUAUGAUCAUUUAGGCUGUGACGCUGCAUUAUACUGAGAGGUUUUUACAUUAUUUAGUUUACCCUCAAAACAAUAC